AUGCAGGCUUGGGUUAAAUUGGCUGAUUCGGCCAUUCAGGCAGAAUUCCCUGAUUUCGAAGUCAUUCAGGCGUAUGAUAUUUUCAAUUUGGGUGGCUUGUCUAACCAUUCGGAAAAACAUCUCCGCAUUCUAGCCCAUGCGUUUAAACUAGAUGAGAGACAAUUGGAAGAGCAGUGGAAAGACAUGUACCCUAGAGCUCAGCUGGCUUUCAGGGUUCAGGUUGGGAAAUUGAAGGACUCCACCGCCAAAGGUUUGGCAAGGCAGGCAAACAAGGAAGCGUGGAAAGAAACCAUUGCCAGCAUGGCGGCGCACCAUGCGACACAGAAAGCUCAUCCAACGAAUGUCUUGAGGACGUGCUUGGAAAAUUACUUUGUGUGCACGCCAAGUACGUCUGGGGUGGAGCAAAAUUUUAGCAAGGGAGCUUACAACUUUACCAAGCAGCGGCACCAUGCUUUAGCAAGUCAUGAAGAACUCGUGUUAAAACUGUUCGUGGACUUGCCACAGCAGACCGUGAGUGAGCAAGAAGAAAUCUGUAGAAUUGCUCGCGUUGCUUGGUCCUGCCAGUAUGGCGCUCCGCGUGAGAGGAAAGGAGCACGUGUGGACAAAGGCUUGAAAAGGAAUAGGGACAACGUUGCCAGUGACGAGAAGUGCCCUACUGAAACUGAUUUCAUCAAGAGGCGCCGGAGAGCGGCUGCAGCGGCUGCUGAGGACUACCAGUUGACGGAUGUUGAUGUCAAUGAAAACUUCUGGACAGCAAACCAUGACAAGGAAAACACUUUUUUGAAGAAUAAGACAGCUGCACGCAAGAGCCAGGCAAUUGCUGAGGCUGCAUUGGCAAAUGCUGGCUUGACGGUUUGUCACAACAUGUUAGAAGCUGAUGUUUUGAUUUGUCACCGGCCUGGAGACUGCAGUGAGAAGGACAAGCUUAGCAUUGUCGCUGGAGUGCUGGGUCGUCUGGAGGCAUGUCCCGAUUUUUUCCUUCGCGGUUCGGGUGCUGCUUUGAAAUUUCAUUGUGCUGCUUCGGCACGACGGGCUUUGAUUGUGUCAGCUGAAUGUGCUCAGAGACAUUUGCCAUUUUGGCAAAUGCUAUGGUCUGUUUUGCCGCCUGGUUGCAAGUGGACGCUUCACAAAAUGGCUUCCGACGCAUCGUUUCAAGACAUGACCGACAAACAAAGAGAUUAUCCGCAAGGAGUUGGUUACUUGGUUGUGUCGCCAGAGGAGCGCUCGGCUGGCAGACCUUCUUGCAUCGCUGACUGGCUUGAACAAAGCUUAAAUUUGCAGGGUGGAAAAGCUGUCAGCACAGCGGCUUCGCUUGUUUCAGCUGUUAGAGUAGCUGCUUCGGCUGCCUCGGCUGUUUCGGCUGUUGAUUUGGCUGCUUCGGCCAGAAUCAGCGGCGAGAUGCAGCGAACGCCUCGUUUGGUGAAGGUGGGUUCGGAUUUUUCCGGGUUGGACACGGGUAUGCUGGCUUUGCAGCGGUUGCCACAGAUCCCUGUCGAGCACACAUUUUGUUCAGAUAGCGACGAAGACUGUCAGAAGCUUUUGCAGAAGUUCUACAAUCCGAAGACACUAUACGGCGACGUAUCCAACCGCAAAGAAGAAGACGAAAAGACGGUUGAUCUCUACAUUGCCACGCCCCCUUGCCAGGCAUGGUCUGCGCAGGGCAAGAAACGUGGUCUGAAAGAUCCUCGUGGUGGCCUGAUGACGGUGGCAAUGAAAUAUGUUAAACGCCGAAAACCCCGAGCAUUCGUGCUCGAAAAUGUCAAAGGCUUAUGUGCCAAGAGGUUUAAACCAGUGCUGAAAGGAAUUAAAGAAAAACUCCAAGAGCUGGGUUACAAAACCUUCUUUGGUGUGCUCAACUCCAAAAAUUACAAGGUUGCUCAGGACCGCAAGCGUCUCUUCAUCGUCGCAGUCAGAGAGGAUUCGUACAGACGACCAUUUAAAUGGCCAAAGUCGCAGGGCGCAAGGUCGUUGACGUCAGUUUUGGACCCAGAAACUUCAGAAGACGUUCCUGGUCGAUUGCCAGCAAACAAAAGGAGCAAAGAGUUGGCAUUGACUGUGUACAAAAAGGUUUUCAAUGACCACAAGGUGGAUCCAAGAAAGACACCUGUAGCAAUCGAUGUUGGCUGCAGCAAGUCUUUCCUGACAUAUGGUGUGGACAUUGCACGGACCCUAUCCAAGUCUCGGGCCGAAAGCGGCGGCUUCUGGAUUUCGUCGCGUGGAAGGAAGAUGACCACAAAUGAAAUUAUGCGGGUGUCGGGCAUUCGACCAGAGUCUGAAUUGAUGGGUUGGCAGGAGGGGUGCUUUUCUCAAGUUCGCCAGCGGCGCUGCGUCGUCGUCGGUGUCUGCUUGUCCAGCUCUUUCCGCUGGUUGACAGCUGCCACGGCUGCAAGGCUGCUUCGGCUUUGUUGGAACCUGAGAUGGUAUGACAGCAGUGUGUUCUCUGCUGCACUGUUUCUAUACGUCUUGCUGCUUCGGCAAGCACGGCUGUUUCGGCCGCUUGAAAUGCUGCACUGUUUCUACGUCUUGCUGCUUCGGCAAGCACGGCUGCUUCGGCCGCUUGAAAGGACGCGGCAAUGCAUGCGACGGUUUCUGGCUUUUAAUGUGAGCCGAGGAGAGAAGCCGACAGUCCCAGUGUGA